GAAUAUAGAACCAGAAUUUUUGAAAAUUAUUCUCAUGAAUAAAUGUUUGGAUAAAAUAGUAUCACAUAUUAGAAAUGAUAACAGGCUAUCCAAUUCUCUUACAAUACUAAAGAAUCAAAUAUUAGGUGGUAGCAUGGCUAUUCUGGAUGAAUUUGAAUCACAAGAUCUUCUUCAAUUUUAUAAUUUAAGAAAUAUUAUCAACCAAGAAGAAGCCUUUGGUUAUGAAUCAUUCUCUAGUACAUUUCUUGAUUCAAAAUUAGAAAAUACCAUAUUACAACCUGAUAUUCAAAACCUUUUGGUUGAAUUCUAUAAUGUGACAGAUCUAAACUAUCAAUUCACGAAACCUGGAAGUAUAUCGGGAAUUGAUCAGAUAUCUGUAUUUCCUGCUAUUAUUUAA